AUGGAGAGCUACAUUCGGUCAGAAUUUGGUCCAGUCAAAGUGGCAGAUGUGCCAUUUCAUCUGGAGUAUUUGAACAUCAUCAAAAGUCAUGCUGACCGAGGAUUAACGGCGUUUGUAAGCUUAGAAUACCAGUCUUUUUAUGUUUACUAAGCGGUCAUUUAAUCUAAUAAAUUAACAUCCAAUAAAUCUUGUCUCUUUCAGAUUUCCGCCGAAACUAGGCAGAGAAAAAGCUACCAAGAUCUACUAAAUGUCACCUACUGUGUGAAUGCGUAUCUCCGAAGUAUUGGAUUUGGUUAUAAAGACGUGGUCGGCGCAGUGCUGCAAAACUGUUGGGAAUUUCCGGCCAUUUUUCUUGGUGCUGUCUCGCGGGGUGGAUGUUUUAGUGGUGCAAGUCCUAUUUUCACGGAAGGUAAACAAAAUCGCCGUCAUCAAAUCACUAAUAAUUCUUGCUACAGCCGAACUAAGUCAACAAUUCAAUGAUGCCAAGUGCAAGGUCAUCUUCUGCAUGGAGUACUCGCUUGAAUUGGCGUUGAAAACAAGGAAUGACUGCCCAUUAAUCACGGUAAGUCUGCCAAUUCCUGUACAUUUAACAACAACUUUUUCAGCACAUUGUGGUAGUCGAUUCUAAGCUCAAAAAUCUCCCUCCAAAUGUGGUAACCUUCGAUCACAUUCUUUCUUUGAAUCCUCUAACUCAUGAACUAUAUACGAACGUCGACGUGGAGAAGGAUGUCAUCGCUUUACCGUAUUCCAGCGGUACCACAGGGGUUCCAAAAGGCGUCAUGUUGACCCACAAGAGCUUUGGAACUUUACUGCGCAGUGCUAGCGUGUAAGUUUAAUGGAUACGUAUUAUAGCACAAAGAAGUCAACCAAAACACGAUCAUAAAUUUUUGAUCUCUUCCCGUCAUCAAAAAAAAGAACAAAACAAUAUUACACCCAAAUUUGCAGAAUGGUAAACGAUCAAAUCUUGAUGAAAAUCGAUCCAAACUGGGACUGGAGAAAAGAGUAUCUUGCAUUUACACUUCCAUUUUACCACAUCUAUGGCUUUGGAAUGCUCUGGGUUUCAAUUUUGCACGGCGGCCAAACAGUGAUCCUGCGAAAAUAUAGUCCAGAUACCCUGUUCAAGGUCGUUGAAGACUUUAGGAUCCGCUAUUUGAUGUUGGUCCCACCUAUUCUUGUUCAUAUGGCCAACUCGGACCUUAUGAACAAGUAUGACAUUAGCUCCGUGGAAUUCAUGAUGACCGGAGCUGCGCCAAUGGGAACCGAGCUAGUGGAUGCGCUCAAAAAACGGUUUCCGACGAUAAAACAGAUCUCUCAAGGUAGGAAAGAAACUAGAAUUCACAGGCAAGGCUCAGCAAUCGCCUCGUUCGAAUGUAAAAACACGUCGUAGAUAUGCAAAAUGCAAUAUCCGACAAUGUCGGCAGUAGCGAUUGGUAUUUCACAAUCAUUACUGCAUACAUUGUAAGAUAUUUCAUUUCGCUCAAAGAAACGGCAUGCUAAGCUCAAGAUUCAAUUGUGAAAAAAGACGAUGCAUUAUUUUCUUUCAGCCUAUGGAAUGACCGAGAUGAGCAUGGCUUCCCACCUUCCAGUGUUCGGCCGUGACAAUCCCGCAGCCUCAGGCUGGCUAAUGCCCAACUUCGAGAUGAAAGUCAUUGAUCGAGAGACGGGAAAGACUGUUCCCCGAGGACAGGUGGGCGAGAUUUUGACUCGUUCUCCCACAACAAUGUUGGGAUACUUCAAUCGGCCAAAGGCCACAGCGGAUACUGUCGACAACGAGGGCUGGCUGCAUACCGGAGAUCUCGGGUAUGUUGACAAUGAAGGCUGGACUUAUGUGGUUGACCGAUGCAAAGAUUUGAUCAAGGUGAAGGGACUCCAAGUGGCUCCGGCCGAGCUCGAGGACGUUCUACUUUCUCACGACGAAAUCAAAGACUCUGCUGUGAUUGGGGUUCCUCAUCCCGAAUUUGGAGAAGUUCCCAGAGCUUUCGUUGUCAAGAACGAUCCAAAACUCACCGAAGAAGCGGUCGACAAAUACAUUCUCGGUAAGUUUGAGACCUAAUUUUAUUGUUACAAAACUUUCAUCUAUCUUUAACUUUCAUAUUUCAGAGAAAUGCGCACCUUAUAAGCGGCUAGUUGGAGGGAUCUUCUUUGUAGAUGAGAUUCCCAAAAGUCCUUCCGGGAAGAUUCUCCGGCGUCAAUUGAGAGAUUUCAAGCCCAAAUUGUAA